AUGCCCAUUUCCCAACUCAUCGACCUCUCGCUCCCGCGGGUUCAGUGUCAGGAGAUGGUAGCUCUGAGCGGCCACACCGUCGGGUUCUCGCACUGCAAGGAGUUCAGCUCCCGAAUCGGGAACGAUAGCCAUUACAACCCGAGAUUCGCGGCCGGAUUGCAGAAAGCCUGUGCUGGUUAUCCCAAGGACCCGACCCUAUCGGUGUUCAACGAUAUAAUGACACCCAACAAGUUCGACAAUCUGUAUUUCCAGAACCUGCCCAAGGGUCUGGGGCUCUUGGAGUCGGAUCACGGGCUUUACGGUGACCCGAGGACGAGAGAACUCGUGGAAUUGUACGCCAAAGAUCAGGCAAAGUUUUUCCAGGAUUUUGCUCGAGCGAUGCAGAAACUCAGCCUUUAUGGAGUGAAGACCGGGAGGAGAGGGGAGAUCAGGCGCAGGUGUGACGCCAUCAACUAAAUUUGAGGUCUGUUUUUGUGUCCAUUGAUUUUAUUGUUUCCGGUGGUUUGGUGGAUUAAGGUGGAUUCUUUUUGGGUUGGGAGGAUCUGGGUUCAUUAUAUUUAUACUUGUCUGUACCAAUAAUCAUAUCAAAAGCUUAAGAAUUAUACAUAUAUUUAUUUACUGGUUAUGUGUUGUGGGUCGUAUCUAAUCUUCUUGGCAACUUUCCUUUCGCUUGUUCUGAUUAGAUUGCAGAUUCUCCUCCUCUGGUUAUCUAUUUCUCCAAUUGAGGUCUUCUUGAAGGGGAGGUGAAUUUUGUGAGUUAAGAGAUUUGUCAUAGAAAAGCGUGUUCGUAGAAACACGAGAGAGGAGCUUGCAACUCACGUUUUGGAGAAUAUAAUAAUGAGAAAGGAAAGAGAAAAUAUGCUUUGUGAAAUUGGAUUCGCUGAUGGAUAGUUUUAUUUUGAUGGAUUCAGUUGAGUUUUGUCUCAUCCUCGGUGUCUGGGGGGAAGGGGGGUAAAAGUGCUUUGAGAUUUGAGAAGAAAAAUUGUGUUUAAUAUAAGAUUUUAGUGUAUUAUAAUCAUGUUUAGUUUAAUAAUAUUAGGCGUUAAGUGUUGUUUUGGUUGAAA